AUGUUUCGAUACCGUGAAAGAAUUAAACGUCAGAAACUUCGUGAAGCUCGUUGGAAUCUUCGUUUGCCAAGAGCAAUGGAAAUUAGCAGUAACAGUGACGACGACAACGAUGGAAAUAUCGAAGACGAAAAUUCUGUUCUAAACACAUCAACCGGAAGAGCAGAAGAUACGCCGCUACCACCAUUGGAAGACUAUUAUGCUGACAUACAUGAUCAAGAAGAGUCAGACAACGGCAAACUAACCCGAGUUGCUGAUAUUUCACCACUUUUGUACGAUAACGGUCAUGUUCAUUUGGCGUCUUCAGUAAAAACAAUAAUGAAAUUGGCCUUGAAAGCAAACUUGAAUAAGCAAAAUGUGAUUGAAUUAAUGCGAAUUAUAAAGCAACUACUGCCGCGUCCAAAUCGUCUUCCUACAACGUAUCAUAAAAUUCUACAAGUUUUUAAUCAAACGUCGUUAUCAAUAAAUAAACUCUACUGCAACAACUGUUUACAAUUGACGACCACCAAUAAUGGUAAAACAGUAUGCGACAAUCAUCGCUGUAUAUUCUCUGGACAGUUAACGAAAUGUCAAAUGACAGAAAUUGUAACGAUGGACAUAAAAAGUCAAUUGAAAUCUAUUAUCAGAAGAAAUUUCUCGUUGUUAACAGACCAAAAUUUGUUUCCAGCUGCUGAUAUAUCCAAUGGUCAACAUUAUAUUAAGACGACAAAAAAUGUAAUCAAUCCAAUCACCCUCAACAUUCAUACAGACGGCGCUCCUCUCAUACGAUCCACAAAGACGUCGAUGUGGCCGUGUUUUGCUUCGAUUACGGAAAUUCCUCCUCCAGCUCGCGAAUUCAAGUGCAAC